UUCUGAAAGCUAAAAAGACAAAUAGGACACCAUACGGUCAUGGACUUAACGGGACACGCGCACGUAGCGGCCAUUGUAAGUCCUCAAGACCGAAAGAGCACACGAAGCGUGCUAUUUAUGACAGUGCAGUUGACAUCAAUUUGCAUGACGAUGUUUCACCUUCACAAAGAGUCAGUGAAUGAAUCUUUAUGGUGAAAGGAUUCAAAAGAGUCGACUCACUUGAAUGAAUCUCCACCAAUACCUGGCAAUAUCAAGCAAGUCAUGUCGACUCGUGUCGACAGAGGGCGCCGUCCUCGCUCUCCUCUGGCACACGGAAGUAGCCGAUGGGGGUGCUGCAAGUGCUGGUAAUUUUAUCCUCUUUGAUGAGGGUUAACAUCGCACCGCACCGCACCGUUCUUCUUGCCGUUUUGACGGGAUCAUGAAAAUUUUUAACAAUGGAAUAGUGACCCCUCAUUUAAGCUCAGACGACAUUUGAUUUAAACGAGUCUCAUUUGAAUAACCCCGCUUUUGGAAAAAAAUGGAUCAGGAGUUUGAGAACAUCGAUUCAUCUGGACAGUGGCAAAACCUUUAUAAUGAAAUCCGUAACCAGUCUCAAGAGUGUCCCUACAAAGUGGCAAAGUUCCCAGAAAAUCGCAAUAGGAAUAGAUAUAGAGAUGUCAGUCCCUAUGAUCACAGUCGGGUGAGAUUAGAAAAUUCAGAGAAUGACUACAUAAAUGCGAGCCUAAUUACCGUGGAGGAGGCCCAGAGAAGGUACAUAUUGACACAGGGCCCACUGAGGAACACUUGUGGUCACUUCUGGCAAAUGAUUUGGGAGCAACGCUGCAAAGCAGUUAUUAUGCUUAAUAGAGUUAUAGAGAAAGGCUCGGAGAAAUGUGCAAAGUAUUGGCCAUCAGAGGAGGAGCGAGACAUGGAUUUCAUUGACACUGGGUUUACGGUGACUCUGGUGUCUGAGGAGGCCAAACCGAAUUACACAAUCAGACUAUUAGAACUUAUAAAUGGCAAGACGAGAGAGACCAGAGAGAUCUACCAUUUUCAUUACACAACAUGGCCUGAUUUUGGCGUACCGGAGUCUCCAGCAUCAUUCCUCAACUUCCUAUUCAAGGUUCGAGAGUCUGGCUCAUUGGGGCCAGAGAACGGACCUGCGGUAGUCCACUGCAGUGCAGGAAUAGGGAGAUCUGGGACUUUCUCAUUGGUUGACACCUGUCUUGUAUUGAUGGACAAGAGGAAAGACCCUUUUUCUGUGGACAUACAGAAGGUUUUGAUAGAUAUGAGAGAGUAUCGAAUGGGCCUUAUUCAAACCCCAGAUCAGCUUCGAUUUUCAUAUAUGGCAGUCAUGGAGGGAGCAAAGAGCAUCCUGGAAGACUCGGCUCCACAGGUACCAAGCAUGCAGAAGCAGCCUACAGAAUGGCAGGAACCAGAAGCUUAUUUGGUUUCAUCUUCACAGAGCUCCAUCUUGAGUUCAGAGAAACUCAACGGACAGUCUGACUCUUGUACAGAGCCACAUGAUACAGGAAGAGAACAAGACGGCAUACAUUCACCACAGGAAGAGCAUACAGAGUUAAAAACAUUAAGUCUACGCAAGAGGAACCGCGAGGAGCGGAUAGCCAGCACGGCACAGAAGGUGCAGCACAUGAAGCUGAAACUAAGCGAUUCGGAGAAGAAGAAAGAGAAGUGGCUGUUCUGGAAACCAAUUCUCCUGAAUGUCGGCGCUGGUGUAGCGGUAGCACUGGGACUCUGUAUGUGCUGGGCCUUUCUGUCCUAGUAAUGCUGUUUUAUCCCACAGGUUCCACUUCCUGUUUUUUAGUUUGCACAGGGACCCAAAUGAUGGUACUCGUAUUAGUAGGUGCUUGGAUGUUUCUAGAAAAGGGACAAAUAAAAAUAUAGAAUGAUUGUGUUUACAACCAUUCAUACCCGGAUGUUCUUCGUGAUUUAAUGAAUGUUUGUCAUAUGGUGUUAUUACAAUGUAACGAAUGAUGUAGUUACAUUGUAACUACUAUUGUGAAUCCAUUCUCGAGGCCUAACAACUUUCACUGUACAGUAUUUUGUUUGAGUUUAUAUGCAGAGCAGUGUUAAAUAGACCCCCACCGGGCUUACUGAGUCAGUUUAUUAAAUGUGUCUGUUUGCUAAGUUUUUCCGCAUGGAUAUUCAUAGGGUGACUCGUUUGUUUCAGUAUGUCAAAGCCCAGUGAGUUUCCAUACAUGCACAUCUCAGGAUCUUCUAGUAAUAAACUGACUGUAGAUUCAGCCAAAAGUAAUAAGUGGUCCGGUUUCUACUUUCAAAAAUGUACAUAGUAAACUCUUUACUAAAGAAGAUAAA